GGAAUGCAAAGAGCAACUAAUGUCACCUACCAAGCUCACCAUGUCAGCAGGAACAAGAGGGGUCAGGUGGUGGGGACCAGAGGCGGCUUCCGUGGUUGCACAGUUUGGCUAACAGUACAUACCAUACUUUUACACUUUUGAGUACAAAUAAGACCUGGAUUCUUCAAGAAACUGAUAAUUGAGCUGGAAUGAUGGCGCCUGCCUGUAACCUUAGACCUUGGGCAGCUGAGGCAGAGAAUUCCAGUAGUUUGAGGUGUACUGUGAGUUCGAGAUCUGCCUGAGUGAAAUCAAGACCCUGGCCCCCAAAACAAAGAUGAAGAGAAGACCUCCUUGGGUGAUCUGAAGCAGCGCGGGACGUGGGUGCCAGUGGGCGUAGAGGAGCCACCAGAGGCUUGUCUGGAGCAGGGAAGACAACGGUGAGCAUGGCUCUGGAGGAGUACCUGGUUUGCCAUGGCAUUCCAUGCUACACUUUGGAUGGCGACAAUAUCCGUCAAGGUCUCAACAAAAACCUUGGCUUCAGUCCUGAAGACAGAGAGGAGAAUGUCCGCCGCAUCGCAGAGGUUGCUAAGCUGUUUGCUGAUGCUGGCUUAGUGUGUAUCACAAGUUUUAUAUCUCCUUAUACGCAGGAUCGCAACAAUGCAAGGCAAAUUCAUGAGGGUGCAAGCUUACCUUUUUUUGAGGUAUUUGUUGAUGCUCCCCUGCAUGUUUGUGAACAGAGGGAUGUCAAAGGACUCUACAAGAAAGCACGAGCCGGAGAAAUUAAAGGUUUCACUGGGAUUGAUUCUGAGUAUGAGAAACCAGAAGCCCCUGAGUUGGUGCUGAAAACUGACUCCUGUGACGUUAAUGACUGUGUCCAGCAAGUGGUGGAGCUUCUACAGGAGCGGGACAUUGUCCCUGUGGAUGCCUCUUAUGAAGUAAAAGAACUGUAUGUUCCAGAAAAUAAACUUCAUUUGGCAAAAACUGAUGCAGAAGCAUUACCAGCACUGAAGAUAAACAAAGUGGAUAUGCAGUGGGUGCAGGUUUUGGCAGAAGGUUGGGCCACUCCUCUGAAUGGCUUCAUGAGAGAGAGGGAGUACUUGCAGUGCCUUCAUUUUGAUUGCCUUCUGGAUGGGGUUGUCAUUAACUUGUCAGUGCCUAUAGUUCUGACAGCUACACAUGAGGACAAAGAGAGGCUGGACGGCUGCACGGCAUUUGCUCUGAUGUAUGAGGGCCGCCGUGUGGCUAUUCUCCGAAAUCCAGAGUUUUUUGAGCACAGAAAAGAGGAGCGUUGCGCCAGACAGUGGGGAACGACGUGCAAGAACCACCCGUACAUUAAGAUGGUUAUGGAACAAGGAGAUUGGCUGAUUGGAGGAGAUCUUCAAGUCCUGGACCGAAUUUACUGGAAUGAUGGUCUUGACCAGUAUCGUCUUACUCCUACUGAGCUCAAGCAGAAGUUUAAAGAUAUGAAUGCUGAUGCUGUGUUUGCAUUUCAGUUGCGCAACCCAGUGCACAAUGGACAUGCUCUGUUAAUGCAGGACACCCACAAACAGCUUCUAGAGAGGGGCUAUCGGCGCCCUGUCCUCCUCCUCCACCCCCUCGGUGGCUGGACAAAAGAUGAUGACGUCCCUUUGAUGUGGCGUAUGAAGCAGCAUGCUGCAGUGCUGGAGGAGGGAAUCUUGAAUCCUGAAACGACAGUGGUGGCCAUCUUCCCGUCUCCCAUGAUGUAUGCUGGGCCAACUGAGGUCCAGUGGCACUGCAGAGCACGGAUGGUUGCAGGAGCCAAUUUUUAUAUUGUUGGACGAGACCCUGCUGGCAUGCCUCAUCCAGAAACAGGGAAGGACCUCUAUGAGCCGACCCAUGGUGCCAAGGUGCUGACGAUGGCCCCUGGCCUCAUCACCUUGGAAAUCGUUCCCUUUCGAGUUGCAGCGUACAACAGGAAGAAGAAGCGAAUGGACUACUAUGACUGUGAACACCAUGAAGACUUUGAAUUCAUUUCAGGAACGAGAAUGCGCAAACUUGCCCGUGAAGGUCAGAAGCCCCCUGAAGGUUUCAUGGCCCCUAAAGCCUGGACAGUGCUGACAGAGUACUACAAGUCCUUGGAGAAAGCUUAAGCCACUGAGCUGGUCAAGGUGGUCAGUCCACCUGGUCUUGUUGCAGAGUAACGGAGGGGACCACUCAAGUCGUGUCAGCAUUUCCUUGUGCUGUGUCUUCUGGACACACUUCCAAAAACGGCCCGUUUCGCUUUCCUCCUUCAGUUUCCGUCUCUGCCUUUGAGUUCUCUUUUGAGCUAGUGUAACACACCGCUGGUUUGAGUGUACCUUUUCCCCUAUUAUCGUUAAUGAUCUUAUAAUACAAUUUUGAAAUCUUGCCUUUUUAUAUUGUAUUUAUUAUGUUCUUACUUGGGAUUUUUUUUCCAAGCUGUUAAAUUAGUUUUAAUCAUUAAUAUAUACAUUGAUUGGCUUUUCAUCCCUUAAGAAAGAACAAAAAAAUCACUAAACAGUAAACUUGUUAGACCUUGUUUUGGAAUUUUAUAAAUUCUACAAGACACCUGUAGCAAUUAUUGUUUAGUUUUUGUUUUUCACUGAAAAUGUAAACUGCUUCAUCUCCCCCCAAUCUGCUAUUGCUCUUUUAGCGUCCUGUCUGCUAAGAUGUCUGUGUAAGUGCUGAAUGAACUUCCUUAUUCAAUAAAAUUAAAACUUUUUGGCUUC